AUAAUAAAGCGUGAGGCAGGCAGGUGUUAUUAGGUCUAUAAAGAGAGGGAGGGGAUUUGAACGAGGGUUUCAGUUAAAGACGCCUCUCUCUCUCUCGCUCUCAACCCCUUUCGCCUCUCCCAUACUCUCUGCACUAUACCCCAAUCUAGGGUUUUAGCUUUAGCUUUAGCUUUUCUAUUUAAUCAUCACCAUGAGCAACGACAAAGAUAACUUCAGCAUGGCCGAUCUCACUGCCGCCCUUAGUGAUGAGAAUCGAGCAGGCCUCGUUGACGUGCUCAAGAAUAAGCUACAAACUCUGGCUGGUGAGCACACUGAUGUGCUGGAGAGCCUCUCUCCAAACGUCAGGAAACGCGUUGAGGUUCUCAGGGAGAUCCAGAGCCAACAUGAUGAACUAGAGGCAAAAUUCUUUGAGGAGAGAGCAGCACUUGAAGCCAAAUAUCAAAAACUGUACCAACCACUGUACGCCAAGAGAUAUGAUAUUGUGAAUGGCGCUGUUGAAGUUGAUGCGGCUGCAAAUGAAGCUGGAAUGGAGCAAGAAGGAGAUAAAACUGUUGAAGAAAAAGGUGUCCCUGAUUUUUGGCUCACUGCAAUGAAGAACAAUGAAGUGUUAGCUGAGGAGAUAACGGAGCGUGAUGAAGGGGCUCUGAAGUACCUUAAAGACAUCAAGUGGUGCAGGAUAGAUGAUCCCAAGGGAUUCAAGCUUGAAUUCUUCUUUGACACCAAUCCUUAUUUCAAGAACACAGUAUUGACAAAGACAUAUCAUAUGAUUGAUGAAGAUGAGCCCAUUCUCGAGAAAGCCAUAGGGACGGAGAUUGAAUGGUAUCCAGGAAAAACCUUAACACAGAAGCUCCUUAAGAAGAAGCCAAAAAAAGGAUCAAAGAAUGCCAAGCCAAUCACAAAAACUGAGGAUUGUGAAAGUUUUUUCAACUUCUUCAAUCCACCUCAAGUCCCUGAGGAUGAUGAAGAUAUUGAUGAAGAUACUGCGGAGGAGCUCCAAAAUCAAAUGGAACAAGAUUAUGACGUUGGGUCAACUAUUCGAGACAAGAUCAUCCCUCAUGCUGUGUCUUGGUUUACGGGUGAGGCUAUCCAGGGGGAUGACCUUGGAAUAGAUGAUGAUGAUGAUGAUGACGACGACGACGAUGAAGAUAUUGAUGAUGAUGAUGAGGAUGAAGAGGAUGAAGAUGAGGAUGAGGACGAGGAUGAAAGCAAGACCAAAAAGAAGCUGUCAGCCGGGCAUAAGGUAGCCAUCAGCCAAUCAGUUGCUCAUUUUUUUGGAACCUAGUCCUUUUAAGGGUGGAAGAACACAAGCUGGGGAUGGUCAGCAGGGUGAGAGGCCUCCAGAGUGCAAGCAACAGUAGAGUUCGAUUGAAGUUUGGAGGGAGAAUUUGCUGAUAUCUUUGGAGAGGAACAGAAAGGGAGGGGUUUUGAAGUUUUGGGAGUCAUUUAUUUUUUUUUAAUUUAUUUAUUUUCGUUAGUCCUUUAUGAACUAUUAUUGGUUUGGAGUUUUUUUCUUUCCCUUGUCCUCUUGGUUUGGAGAGAAUGGUGGUGAAGAUAGUUAGGGGUUAUUAUUUAUUUUAUCAAUCAAUGUAUGUUGGUAUUAAGGUUUUGUGAACUCUUUUAUACCCAAAACAUUAAUGUCUUUAGCUUUAUAAUCUAUAUAUGUUUUCCUUAGUCAA